AUGUUCUCGCGGGUGUUGGCAUUCUGGCAACAGGCGCCAUACUCACCCCUGAAUGGCAGCCCGGCCGCCGCCGAUGGCGGCCCGACAUCAUCUCCCUCACCAAAGUCCUGGCCCGGUGUAACGGCUCUCCUAGCGUCACGAAGGAUACGCCUCUUGGUGCCGACCGUCCUGAUCAUCUGCAUUUUCCUCUUCUUCGGGCAUCGCUACGAUGCGCUCUCCAGCCUCCCGGCAGGGUGGAGGAAGGAAGACAGCCCGACGUCAGACACCGGAGCGCCAACAAAACAACCGCCGAUCUGGGACCCGAGUACCGGCGCGCCGGCGAACGAUGGCACAGUCGACUGGUCGCGGUUCGCCUACACGCAGUACGUGACCGACAGCCACUACCUGUGCAACUCGGUCAUGCUGUUCGAGCGGCUGCACCACUUGGGCAGCCGCGCCGACCGCGUUAUGAUGUACCCGGCGCAGAUGUUCAACCCGAAUGCGGCGGCGGCGGUACCGGCGGCGGCGAACGGCCGCACGAGUGACGAUGCGCGGUUGCUGAUGAAGGCGCGCGACGAGUACGGCGUUAAGCUGGUACCCAUCCAGGUGCAGCGCCGCGAGGGUGCGGACGAAACCUGGGCCGAGUCCUUCACGAAACUCCUCGCUUUCAACCAAACCCAAUACACGCGCGUACUCUCGCUUGACUCGGACUCGGUAAUACUACAAAGCAUGGACGAACUCUUUCUCCUGCCACCCUGCCCCGUAGCAAUGCCGCGGGCAUACUGGCUAUACCCCGACAACAAGAUCCUCUCCUCGCAGUUGAUUCUAGCACAACCGAGCGCGGAUGAGUUCGCGCGGGUGCUGGCACGCGUGGAAGAGGCCGGGGGCAACGACUACGACAUGGAGAUCGUUAACUACCUGUACGGGGACAGCGCGCUGGUCCUGCCGCACCGGCCGUACGAUUUGGUCUCGGGCGAGUUCCGCGAGGCGCCCGACAAGCACGGCCGCUACCUCGGCAACGCGGACGAGCGGUGGGAUGCUGUCGCCGCGUUCAACGAGGCCAAGUUUGUCCAUUUCUCCGACUGGCCCGUGCCGAAGCCGUGGCUGGAUAUUGAGAAGACGAGGUGGAGCAAGCAGCCCGACUGUUUUGAGCGCGAUGGGGUGGCCAGCUGUGUGGAGAGGGAGAUAUGGAAUACGCUUUAUGAUGAGUUCAAGGAGAGGCGGAAGCGGGUAUGCACGCAUGUCCCUGGGGAGCACUUGCGCCGGCGGAGGCAACGGGGUUAA